AGUAUAAAUGCAGUCAAGAGAUCAUUCACAUCUACUCAGGUUGUAGGAAGGUUUUAGUCAGCCACAAGAUGAUUGGCCUGAUUGUUUUUGUGUUCCUGGGUGCUGCAGCUGCAGCUCCUGUGGAUGAUAAGAUUGUGGGAGGCUACGAGUGCUCACCUCACUCUCAACCCUGGCAGGUGUCUAUCAAUAUCGGCUACCACUACUGCGGCGGCUCCCUAAUUAACGACCAGUGGAUCAUCUCUGCUGCUCACUGCUGGCAAAACCCAUAUUCACAGAUUGUCAUCGUGGGUGACCACCACAUCUGGGUUAAUGAGGGCACGGAGCAGUUCAUGUCGGUGGAUGCCAUCUACUGGCAUCAAAGUUAUGAUUAUCAGACCCUAGACUAUGACAUCAUGUUGAUGAAACUGGUGCACCCUGUCACUGUGAACCAGUACGUCAAACCUACCGCGCUGCCCAAAGCCUGCCCCACACCUGGGGACAUGUGCAUGGUCUCUGGAUGGGGGAACAUCUACACUGAUGAAGUGUUCAACCCAUUUAACCUUCAGUGUGUGGAAGUCCCCAUUCUGUCUGACAAGGAGUGUGAAGACUCCUACCCCGGUCAGAUCACAGACCGCAUGGUGUGUGCUGGAUACCUGGAGGGAGGCAAGGAUGCUUGUCAGGGUGAUUCUGGUGGCCCUCUUGUGUGUAACGGAGAGCUGCAGGGAAUUGUGUCUUGGGGCCAGGGCUGUGCUCAGCCUAACUACCCCGGUGUUUACACCAAAGUCUGUUCUCUGAUGCCCUGGAUCAAUGACAUUCUUUCCAGUUAUAGCGUGAAGAACUCUCAUCGACAGGUUCACAUAGCAACCAUGAGGUCUCUGGUCUUUGUUCUGCUCAUCGGAGCUGCUUUUGCCUUGGAGGACGACAAGAUCGUCGGAGGGUUUGAGUGCGCCCCUAACUCCGAGCCCCAUCAGGUGUCUCUGAACUCUGGCUACCACUUCUGCGGUGGCUCCCUGGUCAGUGAGGACUGGGUUGUGUCUGCUGCUCACUGCUACAUGUCCCGCAUCGAGGUCCGUCUGGGAGAGCACCACAUCAGAGUGAACGAGGGAACCGAGCAGUUCAUCAGCUCCUCCCGUGUCAUCCGCCAUCCCAACUACAGCUCCUACAACAUUGACAAUGACAUCAUGCUGAUCAAGCUGAGCAGAGCCGCCACCCUCAACCAGUACGUGAAGACUGUGCCUCUGCCCAAGAGCUGCGCUCCCGCUGGCACCAUGUGCAGAGUCUCUGGCUGGGGCAACACCAUGAGCUCCUUUGAUGACGGUGACAGGCUUCAGUGCCUGGACAUCCCCAUCCUGUCUGACAAGGACUGUAAUAACUCCUACCCUGGCAUGAUCACUGAUGCCAUGUUCUGCGCUGGAUACCUGGAGGGAGGCAAGGACUCUUGCCAGGGUGACUCUGGUGGCCCCGUUGUGUGCAACGGUGAGCUUCAAGGUGUUGUGUCCUGGGGCUACGGAUGUGCCGAGAGGAACCACCCUGGUGUCUACGCCAAGGUCUGCAUCUUCAACGACUGGCUGGAGAGCACCAUGGCCAGCUCUGCCGACAGUAAUAGAUUGCAGUGCUUGAACAUCCCCAUCCUGUCUGAUGAGGACUGUGACAACUCCUAUCCUGGCAUGAUCACUGAGGCCAUGUUCUGUGCCGGAUACCUGGAGGGAGGGAAGGACUCUUGCCAGGGUGACUCUGGUGGCCCUGUUGUGUGUGAUGGAAAGCUGCAAGGUGUUGUGUCAUGGGGUUUCGGGUGUGCAGAGAAAAACCACCCUGGUGUCUAUGCCAAGACCUGCAUUUUCACAGACUGGAUGCGGAGCACCAUGGCCACUUACUGAGUCCAGGCUAAUUUUUAUGUAUUACAGGGCUUUUCUAUACUGCACCAUCUUGUGUAAAUGAAACUGCCCAUUGCAAUGGAAAUAAAACUAAAUAAUACCCAUA